CUCUCGAGGAGAACCGUGACGACAUGGCGCUCGGCAAUGGCUCUAAAAAGUCCCAAACAAGCGCAAUGGAGGUCAGACCUGCUCCGCUAGAAGAUGGGGCAGGAUCAAGCACAAAGCUCGAGGUACCUUCUGCCAAAAGGACUCGACGUUACAAGUGCCUCCUUGUCCCCCUCACCACCAUCAUCUUCAUCCUUGUCGGAGGAGCCACGCUGGCCUGGUACUUUCUGGAAUACAGGGUGUGGGUGUUGGAGGAGCGGGUGCAGCAGCAGUACACAGCCUGCCUGUCCAUCCUCAACAGAAACUUCUCUGCUGGCCUCUCCUCUCACACCAGCUCUGCAUUCAGGACUGAGGCCGAGCAAGUACAGGACAUGGUGGAGAGGAUAGUGAGGAGCUCGGGCCUUUCUCGAUACCUCAACUCCACCACUGUCUUCGCCUUUGGGGAGGGAAGUGUGGUGGCCCACUUCUGGAUCGUACUGUCCAUCCCUGGCAGCCAUGUUUGGGGAGUCACGCUGGAGAGGGUCACCAGGAGCCUGAGCGAGGGCCUGGGGGCAUACAGGACGGGGGAGGAGGGGGAGGACACAGCCAGCUACGGCGGAUACCUCCUUCACCUCCCCUCCCUCUCUGUCACAGAAACGAACCCCAGAGUCAUAGAACUUCUGAAAGGGUCGUUUGAGUGCUACCGCUACGAGAAGGUGGUCUCCAGCAGCCCCGUGGUCCUCCGUGGCCCAGACACACAGCGCUCCUCCUGCCUGUGGCACCUCCACACCUCCCCCGGCUCCCAGCUGGAGCUCCAAAUGGAGUGGCUACUGCCGGAAUGCAGGGACAGGCUGGUGGUCUACGACUCGCUCAUCCCCUCCGAUACCCACCUCAUCACCUCUGUGUAUGGCUGCAGUAGACAUGAGCGUGUGGUGUGGGUUGUUUCGUCAGGAGAGUGGAUGACAGUGGUUUGGAAACAGGGUUUGUACAACUACAAAGACCCCUUCUCUCUGUCUGCACAAGCACGGGACAGCCAGGAAUGUGGUUUCAGUAUAAAGUUGGAGGCAGUUACAGGAGUCCAGGGGAGUCUAAGAACACCCUUUUACCCCAGCUACUACCCCCCGAACACCAACUGCACCUGGAGCUUCACUGUGCCCAGUGCUGCAGAGUUUGGCCUGUCUCUGGAAUUUGAAGGCUAUGAGCUAGUCAGAGCUGGCUAUAACCUGGCCUGCACCCAGGGGCAGUGGAUAAUACAGGGCCGCAGACUGUGUGGCACCAGGGGCCUACAGCCGUACAGCGAACGCCUCUUCCUCGUCUCCACAUCGACCAUAGUCAUCAUGACAUCAGAGGUGUCACUCACGGGACCGGGCCUACAGCUGCACUACAGUCUCUUCAACCUAUCGGAUCCAUGCCCAGACCAGUUCCUCUGCACAGUGAACGGUUUGUGUGUACCUGCAUGUGAUGGAAUCAAGGACUGCCCAAACGGACUUGAUGAGAGGAACUGUGUGUGUGUGGCCCAGUACCAGUGUCCAGAGGACAGUCGGUGUGUGGAGUACCUCAAGGUGUGUGAUCAGCACCCAGACUGCCCUGACGCCAUGGACGAGGAGAACUGCACAGACGGUGUAAAAUGUACAGAUAUAACCUACGUGUGCAGCGACGGGACGUGUCUGAAGAAGCCUAACCCAGAGUGCGACUUCAUUACAGACUGUCCUGAUGCCUCGGAUGAGAGACACUGUGACUGUGGUCUGCGGCCGUUCUCCAGCCGUAUAGUGGGCGGAGUUGACGCUUCCGAGGGGGAGUGGCCAUGGCAGGCCAGCCUGCAGGUCAAGGGGCGACACCUCUGUGGGGGUGCGCUCGUCUCCAGCCAUUGGGUGGUUUCUGCUGCCCACUGUUUCUAUGACGACCGUCUCUACUCCCCGUCGGUGUGGGCAGUGCACCUGGGCAUACUCCGGCUCUACCGCAGCAGCUCCACCGAGGAGGUGGCGCGCGUACAGCGAAUCCACCUGCAUCACUACUAUGACGAGGACUCUCACGACUACGACCUGGCCCUCCUGAGGCUAGACAGGCCCGCGUCAGCAGUGCUGGCCCCCCAUGUCCGGCCCGCCUGCCUUCCCCCACCUACCCACCAGCUGGAGCCGGGCCUGCUGUGCUGGGUGACGGGCUGGGGGGCGCUCCGUGAAGGGGGAAGAGCCAGUAAUUUGCUUCAGAAGGUUGACGUGCGCCUGGUCAGCGAGGAGGCCUGCGUCCGCUCUUACGGCCCCCUGGUUACUCCCAGAAUGGUUUGCGCCGGCUACCGCAGUGGAGAGAAAGACGCUUGCCAGGGGGAUUCUGGGGGCCCAUUGGUUUGUGAGGAGGCCUCGGGUCGCUGGUUUCUGGCUGGGGUUGUAAGCUGGGGGAAGGGAUGCGGUCGCCCGGACUACUACGGCGUGUACACCCGCAUCACCAAGUUCACCAGCUGGAUCAAGAAGAUCAUCAGUGACCGCUGAGGGCCCAGAGAUUUUUUUUAAGCUCAUCUUUAUUGUCUGAAUCAAAAUCUUCAUCAGCGAAGGUCCCGUGAAACUCAAAUUUUCAAAAGCAUGCUGAUUAAAAACUUAAGUCUUUUUCCUACUAAGGGCCCUAUUUCCCUUUUCUUGAUAACCUUUGGGAAAAGGUGGAGGACUUUUAUUAAGAAGAUUCAACACCUAAUGGGAAAAUGCUACCUCAUACCAGUGGUGAUUGCAGCCAUUAACCUGAGAUUAUAAGGUUGUUGCUGAUAACACUUCAAAAUUGGUCUUGAUUUGAUCAAUAUAUGCACAUUUUAUAUGCAUAAUAUAUCCAAAAAUA